AUGAAUUCCGAGUCGACUACACCGUCGAAUGCCCCCUUCCUUGCCUUGUGGAAUCAUUUCAAAGAUGAAUUACUGGCGUCUGACGCUGAGUCCUUUGAAGAUCUUAAACGAGAAAGGGUGAUCAAUUUCUUUGGAAUCCCCUGGGCUAUUGAAAAGUCUACGCUUGGUGAUAAAAAAUCUGCACCUAAUGCUGCAAUUAAUUCAUACUCAAAUGCAUUACUCACGCUACUGUUAUCAAAUCAAUUUAUCGAAAUAAAAGGAUCGGUUUUUAAACGGUUUGAAAAAGAAAAUUUAUUCCAACUGAGUUGUUCUGAUAUUGUAGAGCGAUUCCAACUCGCCCUUUUUUUAACCGUCAUUACAGCACGCAACCUGAUUGAGCUUUCUGGUUCUCCAAUAUCUCCCUUUUCUAUUUUACCAACAUCUUUCAUUCCUUUAUUUCCCGCAAUGACAACUGUCGAAACACUUCUGACUCCAGUGAUCAUAGUAUUUGCAUCUGAAUUAAUAGUCGACUGGCUAAAGCAUGCCUUCAUCACUAAAUUCAAUCAAAUCAGACCAAGCAUUUAUGAUCGUUAUAUCGACAUACUCUCAAGGGAUUUGGUAGUUGGAAAUGAGCAGAAAUCUGAAAAUCAAAAAAAAUUUACUGAUCCAUCUUUGUUGGUCUCACGUCGAAUCGGUUUCGCUGCACUCCCACUUGCAUGCUUAACUAUUCGAGUUUCGUCACAAACUAUGACGAUGAUUUCGGAUUCAAUCCAGGAGAUGGAUUCUGAAGAACGAUCAAACCUUCCUUUUACAAUUGUUUUCACACAACCUAGUGGCGUAUGGAUCUUUUGUGGCUUUGCCGCAUUUGUGAUAUUAACUUUCAUAAAAUUAUUAGUUGGAAUUAAUAUUCUUGGGUUUGCCAACCGACGAUAUGCGAGCAUGGAACGUCGUGAAGCCGAAGAACUAGCUAGAGCAGAAGAAUUAGAUGCUAAAGUAGCAAAAGAAAAGGAGAAUCAAUUAAGCAAUGAAAUUCUCGACGACCCUAGAGAUAAUGUUUUAGACCAAGAAAUGGAAUUCCUCAUAGGUAUAACGGGAAAAGACUUCGUGCUUACCGCUGCGGAUACUUCAGCAGCACGAUCGAUUACCGUCAUGAAGUCCACAGAGGAUAAGUCCUGCGAUCUCAACAAGCAUAAUAUCAUGCUGUAUUCUGGUGAAUCGGGGGAUACUGUCAAUUUUGCAGAAUAUAUCCAGAGAAACGUUAGACUAUAUGGAAUUAGAAAUGGUAUCGAAUUAACACCCAAGGCUGCCGCUACUUUCACAAGAAAAGAAUUGGCAACAAGCUUGAGAAGUCGGCAUCCCUAUACAGUUUUCCUUCUCAUUGCUGGAUAUGAUAUAACGACAUCCAAGCCUCAUUUGUAUUGGAUCGAUUAUCUCGGCUCUUCUAUCGAAGUACCCUUUGCUGCUCAUGGAUAUGGUGCUUAUUAUUGCAUGUCGAUUUUGGAUAGAUAUCACCAUCCAGAUCUUACCCUCGAUGAAGCAAAAGUUCUAAUCAAAAAAUGCAUAGAUGAACUAAAAAGUCGAUUCGUUUUCAAUCUCUUAGACUUCAAGAUUAAAGUUACAGAUCAAGAUGGAAUUAGAGAGAUUGAUCUGAAAGAUAUGAAAGAUUAA